UAGCACGACGUCACUUCCUGUGCCAGCAUGACGUCGGAGCAUAAAAAGUGGGAGCUGACUGAGAGAAGAUCACAUUAAAAAACAAAAAAGAAUACUUUGAGGACAAAAAGAUGGUGCAACAAGGCAGCAAGAGUGACUUUAAAGACGGCCGUCUGCUCAAAGCCGGACAUCCUCCUGCAGUGAAAGCUGGAGGUAAACGUGUGGCCAAGAAAAGCUUGGAGGAGGCCAGCACUCACGGGACUCCAGAGAAACCCACAAGGAGGUCUGAUAAAUCCAGGCCUGGGUCCAGUGUGAACAGGAUGCAACAAGUCGGUCUCCUUCUGUCUGGACCUCUCGACAAGUUGAGCCACGACUUCCCAGAGACGCCAGCGAGCGUGAGACACGGCAAACUGCGGCCCGCUGCGGAGAAGCUUCACUCUCCUCGGACCUUCAUAAUCCAGCAGCCCAGGAAGUACUAGAGGAUGGAGUCCACGUUUAACGAUGCAUGACAGAGAUCUCGGGCUUGUAGAUAAGCUGCUUUCUUCUUCAUCUGGUUACACUUUAGAGGAUACUAAUCAUGUUCCCUGUAGCAUAGUGACCUAACGUGUUUACCCCGUCUAAAAUUAGCCUUCUUUUUGAUCUGUAAUGUGAAUAUCCUCCAUUUCCUUCAUUGAAAAACAUCUUUGUACGGCUUGGCACUUCAUACAAUAAAUAAAACAAUUGUAUAACAUA